AUGAGACCGCCCGGCCCAGUCCCCAACAACCCUUCUCCAACCCGCGGCACCUACGGCCCUCAUACCAGCAUGUCUCUCACCCCGGGCCUCCUCUCCGCCACCGCGACGGCCCCCCCCAGCGGCAAGCCCACCAUUCUAUGCCUCCACGGCGGUGGAACGAACAGCACGAUCUUCAACAUCCAGACUAUCCGGCUGCAGCGCGCCCUCGGGGCGACCUUCGACUUCGUGUUCAUCGACGCGCCCUUCGAGUCGCCCGCGGGGCCGGGCGUGAUGCCCAUCUUCGAAGGCUGCGGCCCCUACUACCGGUGGCUGCGGCCCGGCGUCGAGGAGCUGGAUGCCGAGACCCGGGCGCUGAUCUCUGCCACCCUGGCUGCGAAGGGGAGGCACUUCGUUGGCAUCAUGGGGUUCUCGCAGGGCGGGCAGACCGCCGCGGCUACCUGUCUCGAGCAGCAGGUCGUUGCGGCGAAAGUGGGUCGAGGGCGCAUCGGGUUUGGGGUGUUUCUGAAUAGCACCUCUCUGCCUGUGACGGCUGGAUCGGGCGUGGAUGGAGAUGGGGAUAGGCAGCUGAUCGGGUUGCCGAGUCUGCAUGUGGUUGGGCUUCAGGAUCCGUGGAGGGAAGAUGGUGAGAGGCUGUGGCAGAAGUAUUUUGAGAAGGAUAAGGCGAAGAAGGUCGAGUUUGAUGUCGGGCAUCGGUUGCCGACUAGGCAAGAGGAUACGGAGGUUAUCGCGAGGGAGAUUAAACGGUUGUACGAGGAGACUAAGGGUAUGGCGCAGAGGUGUUGA